AUGAUUUCAACAAAAAACUGUCGCAAAUCUGAAGAAAAUUCUGAAGAGGAGAGUUUUCUUGCACCAUUAAGUAAUAAUGAUAUUGCUAAAAGAAAUUCUUUUACAAAUGAUAACGACAUUGAUGACCUUACACUAGAACAAAAUGAAGGCCUUGAUAAUAUUAUUUCAAAAAUUGGAAUGGGAAGAUUUCAAAGACGAUUAUUAGUACUUUGUGGAUUUGGAUGGUUUUCGGAUGCCUUGUGGAUAUUGUGUGUAGCUGUAAUAUUACCUCGGGUUCAAGUUCACUUUCAAGUACCAAAUUCAAUUAUCGGAUUACUUUCAAGUUCACAAUAUUUUGGAAUGAUGUUUGGAGCAGUAUUUUGGGGAAUAUUUUCAGAUACUUAUGGACGUAAGCAGGCCUUUAGUUGGACUUUGGGAGUAACAGUAUUCUUUGGUUUUUGCGCAAGUUUAUCUCAAAGUUUUGGUCAAUUAUGUUUUAUGUUUGCCAUGUUGGGCUUUGGCGUUGGAGGAAAUUUACCAGUAGAUGGAGCGAUAUUUUUGGAAUUUGUACCAAAAGAGAAACAAUAUCUUCUUACAUUUUCGUCAGUCUUUUUCGAAAUUGGAGCCGUAUUUGCAUCUUUUAUUGGAUAUCUAAUCUUACCUUCAAACAGUUGUCUUGGAGAUGAAGUCAAAAUAGCAACCUGUGAUGUCUCUAAAGAAAAUAAUGGUUGGAGAUACGUAAUCGUGGUACUCGGGAUAUGCAUACUAGUCAUGUUUAUUCUUAGAAUUCUGUUCUUUAGACUUUUAGAAUCGCCAAAAUUUUUAAUCUCGCAAAACCGACAACAGGAAGCAAUUCAUGUGUAUAAAGAAAUUGCAAGAAUUAAUGGAAAUGAAAAUGAACUCGAAAUUCAACUUGAUGAUUCAUUAUUCACCAAUCAGAUUUCACUUCUUUCAUCGGAUACCAAGAUUUGUAAAUCCAGUCACAUGCUAUUACAUUUUAGACAAAAAUUUGUUUCAAAAUUUAAAGAUAUAGAACAUUUGUUCAGUAAAAAAUUGUUGACUACGACAUUAAUUGUAUGGAGCUCGUGGGGAUUAUUGUCGUUUGCUAGUUUAAUGUUUAUUCUUUAUCUACCAAAGUACCUUGAAGGUUUAGAAGAAAAUAAGUUGGGAGAUAAAGGUAAUAAUGAUGGUAGUGAAAUAAUUAGAGAUGGAUUGAAAAAUUUUAUAAUUUAUUCAGCAUGGGGAAUUCUCGGUGCAAUAAUGUCUUCUUACUUGGUUGAAACUACCUUGGGUAGAAAAGGUACCAUGAUUUUAGGUGCGAUCGGAACUUCUAUAUCAAUAUGUUUAUUUGCUAAUUUUCAAGAUCCUACUGCCAUAAUCUUAUUUUCCAUGAUCAUUGGAUGUUUAAAAUCUAUUAAUUGGGCCGUGAUUUAUUGUUAUACGCCCGAGGUUUUUGAUACUAAAGUUAGGGGAACCGCUUGUGGAAUUUCUUCUGUUUUUGCUAGAAUAACCGGUAUGAUUUCUCCUAUCGUUACCGGGAACUUAAUUUCGAUUGGUGUUACCGCACCUUUAUAUGUGACUUCUUUUGUUUUUGGCUUAUUAGCAGUCUUCAUAUUUAUGUUACCUAUUGAAACUAGAGGAAGACGAGCUUAA